AAACAUACUGGGAUUUUCUACUGCACAGAGAGAUCGGAGGAAGGAGGACUGGCCAAAUUAGCUUUACAAGCAGAAAUGGAAGAUAAUGAACAGCUGUGUCUGAAGAGCUCAUGAGUGCAGCUUUGGAAGCUCUCACCAGGGAGCUGAAGAAAAGGGUCUGGCCUUCUGAAGAAGGUUGCUAAGAAACAGAUUUCAGAUGCUUCUUGAUUCUAUGAAGAGGAGACACACCCAGAAGGAAAUGAUCAGAAUGAAUGCCAAUGCUUCUCUCAGUGUGUGUUCUCAGGAGUAGUAACUGAGCUGUCAGAGCUGAUGUAGGUUCAUUUUCCUUGCCUGUAUUCCAGGAGGGUAUGAUAGUAAAGGGAAAUGCUUCACAUAUUAAUCUCCUGUUUGCCCUCAGACUCAUACUGUGGAUAAUUACUAGAAGCAUGCGCCCAGAUAAAAGCUCUACAAAAUGUGUGGGUCUCCUUUAAAUAGAUUAUUAAGAAUCCCCACAACAAUAUCAAAGCUGUCCUCCAACUUUCCUGAAUAACUAUUCUUUCAGCUCAGAGAGCUGCUUUAUUCUACAAAGUUGCAGUUCUGGAAAUUCAUCCAACUUUUUCUAGGACAGUAAGUACUAGAGGCAGAAAAGCAAGGAAAAUCACCUUUUGAUUGAUUUCUACCAACUGUUUGGGCUGUGAAGAGCAGUGAUAAGAUCCUCUGUGUGUUUAGGAAUGAGUUAUGGUGAGUUUGAGAUUAGAAGACAAAGUAUGCGAGGGGGACAUGCUGGCUCCACUGAAGACAAUGGGAGUUUUUCUGUUGACUUCAGUGGAGCCAGGUUUUCAUUCCAAGUGUUUUGGCAUUAGACGAUGCUCCUGGGUGGGGAAUCCGUUUCCUUAUUUUCCCCCAAAUAAUGUUGUAAAAUAACGUAUAGUAGGGUACAAAAAUUUCUCACUCUUCAACCCAACUCCCCAGAUACCAUCACUGCUUUUAGCUUUCUCCCUGUGACACUGAUGUCAGCGCUCUGGUGGGUGGGGCAAGUGAUGACAUCACAAGAAACUGAUGAGGUUACAAUAGGUGGCUCAGCCUGAAUCCCCAGUCUUUGGUGCUGUGGGCUUAAAGUAUUUGACCUCCUCCCAGGAGAAACACGCAACAAGAAGACAAAGGGCCAGGAAUAUCUGCACACACAGGUUAGCCCAGCGUCUGGAUAAGGAGUCAAUAUUAGAGGGGAAGGGAUCGAUUCUGAUUUUAGUAAUUCCUUGGACUAAAUCCAGAGACACUACAUUGGGAUUUCAGAUGAGUGCCUCUGGAUUUAUGCAGGUGAGCAAUCUGGUUCUUCCUUUAGAGUUCCAGAAGCAUUGGGAGUACUUUAAAAACCCUAUCAGCUCUGAAGCAACUUGAAGGACAGAACCAGUGGGUGAAGGACAUGAUGGAAAUUUCCAAGAAGCCUAAGGGGAUUAGACACUCAAAUACCUUUAAAAAUCAACAGAAUUGGUUUGCCCAACUCCCUUGUACUGCUUUGAAAAUCCUGGCAUGGUUCAUACAUUUUCUCUCUCAAGCCUAAAUACAAUAGUCCUGAAUCUGAAUCAACUGACAAUUAAUGGAAUAUUGACAAAGGGUCAGAAGAGGCUAAAGAGCUAUAUCUGGGGAGUUAGUGAGAGGGAGAGUUUGAUUGAUUUGGGUUUUAUUCUAAGUUCAGCCAAAAACUUAAACUAGGAUUUUCAGAUCUGCUUAAGGGAAUUUGAAAACCAGUCUCCAUUUAAUUUUAAUGGGAAUUGGAUGUCCUAAUUGCUUAGACAGCUUUCAAAAUCUCAGACUUCAUUUCUCCAUCCCUUAGUUCCUCAUCUAUAAAAUGGGAAUAAUUCCCUCCCUCAGAGGCUAAAUUCAGGGAUGUGUGAGGCUCAGAUACUAUGGUACUAGGGGCCUAAAUAGGUAGCAAUAGUCUGACCUCCCAAUGUCAUUCACUGGAGGGGGUAGGGGGAUGCGGAGGUGGAGAAAGCAGACCAUGCAGGAAUCUUUGGGUGGAAUCCCAAGUUUUGUGUGAUACUGGAGCUCUGACUAUGGAUUUGGUUUCCAAAGCUGUCCAGAGGUUUUAGGUGCCCAAUUUCUAUACAUUUUAAUAGAAUAAGACUGAUAUAUAGCCUCUCCCGAAAUCCCAACUCUAACCCCCACUCAUUUCUCUUCUCUCCUCAGACACCCUACUCCUAAAUUCCAGUUGUAUUUGUGCUAAUAUCAUUAUGAUUCCAGCAACAUAGUCUCAGGGUGAAGGGGUUGUAGGUGAUGAUGUCUUGGUGGGGAGGCCCAUCCUAACAGUUUCUCUCUUUCCCUAGCCCAAGGAUGUCAGAGUUGGAGAAAGCCUUCGGUAAAUUUGCCACGUACGGUGACACGGCUGCCACUGGCAAUGAUAUGACGGGCAAGAACUUCUCCAAGAUGUUGAAAGAUUGUGGUGUGAUGGACGGGAAGGCCGUGACCAGCACCGAUGUCGAUAUUGUGUUCAACAAAGUCAAGACCAAAGGUGCUCGCACCAUCAACUUUGCUGAGUUCCAGCAGGCCAUGAAGGAGCUGUGUGGCAAGCGGUUCAAGGGCAAGUCUCCUGAGGAGGCCCUGCAGGCUGUAUAUGCACUGAUGGAGGGCAAGGAACCAGCCAACGUGGGUGUAACGAAAACCACCACAGCUGGUGGGGUUGAUAGACUGACAGACACCAGCAAAUACACAGGCUCCCACAAGGAACGGUUUGAUGAGAGCGGCAAGGGGAAAGGGAUAGCUGGCCGUGAAGACGUGACCGAUGGCAGUGGCUAUGUUGGGGCCUACAAGGGAGCUGGCACCUAUGACAAGACACACUAGAGCUGACACAGCACCUUAGGGAGCCCUACACCCUGUCCUCUCCUGUAACCUAGGAGUGAGGCCAUUAAACAUCUCAUGCUCUUUGCACCUUGGCGCGCGCGUGUGUGUGUGUUAUUUCUGGGGGAAUACCGCGCCACUCCAUGCACACAGAAUUCAUGUCCCCUACAGAUGUCUUUGCUUCUCUGCAGAAAAAAUGACUUCUCACAAGGAAGCAAAGGGAAGUCUUGAAUAGUCACGUGCCCCUCCCCAGCACCACAAGUGUGUCCGUUCGGGCACCCGGAACAAUGGGCAGAGAGAGAAAUUACUGUAGGGGUGGGGGAAGCUGGGGAUGACCUGGCUGAAGGUUCCUACCCUGUGCUGAGCUCAGCUGCUAGUUCCGGCUGGGUUGGAGGAGGAUGGGACUUCCUCUUCCCUUCACAGGGCAGCUGGGUUGGGGCUGGGUCAGAUCCACCCCCAGCAACCUUCCCCUGGUUGCAGAAAGCUCUGCACCCUCCCCUCCACUGUCUGCCCCACAUCGUUCCUCAGCCAUGGGGGAGAGGUCACUGUACAGGGAGCUGCUCCCCCAUCUGUCCAACCCCCAUGCAUCCAGCCCAUACCCACAUCCUCCCCACUGAACCCCUCUACACCCAAACCCCCACCCCGCCGAGCCUCAUUC